GCCUGUUGAAACAUCUGUGCGCGUGCUGCAGGUUGCCUUAAGACGUUCCGAGGAACGACUCGUCUACACUUUGCCGUAGCACCCAAGGAUCGUUUUUGAUGGAUACCGAGGUUAUUCAAAUGGAAUCGCUUUCCUUGGAUGACACUGGUCGAGAGAGUCCAGAUGAUGAUCGUCCUCCUGAGAGGUGGGCGCCUGUUGGCUCAAGCGAGAUUGACGAUGCCUGGGAUGACCCUGAAACGUGCAGUCUGUCGGAAUUCGAGCGCCUGAGGCAUCUGGAAGAAGAGCAGGAGCAGCUGAACACAUCUCUGGUCGCACUUACAACGCACUUUGCACAAGUCCAGUUCCGGCUGAGACAGAUUGUGAAUGCUUCACAGGAAGAAAAGGAGGAACUGCUGAAAGAACUUGAAGAGUUUGCCUUUCGUGGAAUCCCAGACUUGCGGGCUUGUCAAACUGGAGUAGGCAUCUUGCUCUCAGAGACGGAACAAGAACAAGAGGAAAAGUUGGAACAGCAGCGACAGAAACAGAAGGAACUUAUUCAGCAAUUGAAAGAACAGCUUGAGGACCUUGAGAAGUAUGCAUUUGAGACGGGCGAUGCAGGCAUGCCAUCCAGCAUGCUCCUGGAACGUCAGUCAGUCAUCAUAGAGCAUCUUAAAGAGAGGCUUCCACUUAAUCUGGAUGAGUUGGAUCUCCUCGACCCUGACGACUUGCGGAGGAAAAUCGAUCAAGCUGUUCGAGAGAUGGUCAACCCUGUCAAAAUGAAGGAGCAGCUGGUUUCACAACUGAAGACCCAGAUCACUGACCUUGAGAGAUUCAUUCAGUUUAUUCAAGGAGAGGGAUCAGAUGGAAAGCCAAGGUGCACAUGUAACUGCCCAGUUCAUGGCAAGCCGGAUACACUCCACUCUGAAACGUCUUCCGAGUGCUUUGCUUCAACAAGGAAGUAUAAGGAUCAGCUUCGUCGAGCACACAAGGAGAGCCAGGAGGCCCAGAACAAGAUCUUACGACGCAUGCUGGCACUGCUGCACAUGUUUGCUUUGACCCAGUUUGGCUGCGGGCGACGAAACUUCCAGAGAAACAUCAUGAAGAGGACGCCAAAGGGGAAUCAUUGGGGAGAUCUGCGGGCAUGUCUCGAGCUUGCUAUAAACCAGGUCUUGGAGCUGGUGGGAAAACACGAGUCUCAGUGUGUAGACAGUGACUACACCAGUGAUUCUGAAGAUGCUCCUGCUGUGCUGUGUAAUGAGAAACUGACUAGUGCUGUCAGGAAAGAUCUGGCCACUGCUCUGCGCGACUUGAUGCAGCAUGGCUUGAUGGAGGUAGGGCAAAGCAGCAGCCUUGUACCCCUGGGCUGUUUUACCUUGCGUUCGGCUAGUGCACCUGCACUUCUACAUGCGUGGGACCUCAUCCUAAAGUAUUACGAGAUCAAGAACGGUGCACAGUACAACGCUUCCCCUGCACGCAAGUUGUCAGAAAGCUUCAACUUGGACAUUGUUGCCUCUACAAUGGAGACGCCAAAGCAUGCCUUGCUGACUGCAGUGCACAGUAUCAUAUCAAGUCAUACACCUCUGAAGCGGAGCUACGAUUCUCAUUUCAAGGCUUUUGUCUGUGCAGCCCUCAAUGAAAAAAGGCUAGUCACAUGGCUAAAAUUAAUUUUCAAGUGCAAACCACUCGUGGAACGUUAUUAUGUUCACUGGAGCUAUCUGAAGAAGACAGGCUUUGAUGAUGCUCUAAGGUCCCUUGAUCGACUAACUGGGUUUGACUUUGAUCUUCCUGUUGACUUGGCUGUACGCCAGCUGCAGAACAUCAAGGAUGCUUUUUGAUGUGUCACCACUCUUUUAGGGGAACAGGUGCCACUUGUCUCAUCAAGCUUAGCAUGAACUUUUAUCUCACUGUGUUGUGACACGAGGGCCAACAUAGGAGGCCAAGUUGUAGUUGAAAAUCAUCACGAGAUGUCCUUUUUACUGUAUGUCAUGUAAAAUGAAACAAAUGUGUUCAUGCGAUGCCUUGGAGCUGCCAUUGAUGUGAACCUGACCUCCAGCACCCCUUUUGGUUUAUGGUCUACUGAUUUUUGAACCGAAAGAAACAACCCAUCUCUAGAUGCUUACAUCAUUAUUUUGGAGAAUGGGCAAUAGCGUGACUAGUGCUCUCUUUUUGAACUUAAUUAUAUCUGAAUGCAUUGCAGGAUUAAAUCUAUGACUCUGCAAUGCCACCUUCUGUCUAACAUGGUGUACUUAUAGCAUUGUCAUUUAUGUGGUUUAGCUGUUAUGGUUGUUAUACAGAAUUGUAAUCAAAAAACAAGUUUUAGAAAGUAAGAUUCGGACACUGAUUAAAAGGAUUUUAAAAACGAUUUCAUUUUUAAAAUAAUUUUGGUCUAUGUCUGGACACCUUCUUUUAAAAUGUUUCUUCCUGGCCUGGAGGGCUUCUUUGAUACUGUGAACUUCAGAAAAACAAGUUGUACUUAGUGGAGUGACGAUAGGAUUCUUUAGUACACAGCAUUUUCUUACACAUUUAGUUCAUAAAUGAUUUCACUGACAUUUUAGGCUUGUUUAAAAUUCCACAAGGCAGCUUUUAGGAUUGCAACUUAAUGUGUCAUACUGUUUGUUAAUUCCAGAAUUAUGUGCCAUACCACAUACAUUUUUAACUGCACACAUCUAGUCACUGAGGCAUUUGUUUAUGUCAUUGCAAAUGAACCUGAACUCCGUUCUGUUUACUAUAGGUUGCUCGCCGUCACUUUCAAUAUUUGAUAAUUAACAGGCUCGUGCAUUUCCCUUAUCUAUAUGAGUGUCCUUCUGUAAGACAUUGUGGCAGUGACAAGUAGAAGCAUAAACUGGGGACACCUGAUAUCCAUGUGACGUGGAUGAUUUAAACACACUUGAUUUGGAGCACUUUACUUGGUGGUCCUUCGAAUAAAGGGCAAAUUCAAGUAGU